UCGGAGAACACAGAGCCAGGCUGUGUGUACUACGGGAGUUUUUACGCAUGGAUGGCUAAAUAUACGUGCUACUUUACACACGGGAGAGUUUGGAAUUUCUUGACGGCGAAAAUGGAAUAAUUAUUACAAAGGAAAUUGUAAUAUUUUGUAAAAAGAUACGCCGUAUUUUUAACAAAAUAAAAAUGUCCAGUGUGAUUUUACUUGGGUACGAGUUUAAUUGGUACCAGUUGAUAUAGUAUUUCAGUGCUUUGUAGUAAUAUAAGAAGUGUGAGUAUUUUCCGAGAUCAGGAUUCAUCAUGAAUAUUGGAAAGGAACAAAAUAACGUGGAUGACAACCGGAACCACUUUAACCAUGUCGGAGUAUUCAUGCCGGAGUCGGAUUCCGGGGACGAUUCCGAGCCCACCUACCGGGCCUACAGCGAUAACGUGGAUACGGAUGUGAGUAACACACAGGACGAGGGGGACGCGCCCUCACCCCCCGCCCCACGGGCAGAUAGGAGGGUACCUGUAGUGCCCCUCAAUAACCUCAACGUGUUGACCAGCAGUGAUUCGGACAGUUGCACAGACGCCGAGUUUCUCGGUGGUCAAACGACUGACGACACUAGCAGUACGUCGGAGUCCGAGGAAACUCAAAUUUGGGUGCCUGUUGGGAACAGAAAUGGCAGUCGUAUGAGCACGUCUACACCCCCUCUACCAAGUCUGACCAGUUCUAACGCCAGUGACAGCCAACAGAGUCCCAUAAACCGGAACACGUUACCCAGAUACUCCCCGCGCGACAUGUCGUCAUCGGGGAACAACUCCAACGUCACUUCCCCUACGGAACCAUGUGACGACACCAUGGGACGAGGCCGAAGACAUUCGUGGCAAGGUCAUGGAUACGGUCGACUCUCGCCAAAACGAGUUAGUGUGCUACGUCACGACCCCAUUACUGGGACGACGGAAGCGGUGCUUGUUGACAAUGUUCCGAAUGGAGACUCAGGUAUCGGCCAUGACCUCACACACUCCACGACAGUCCAUGGGGAACUUUUUUAUCCCGACUCUCCAUCCAACAUCUCGCUCUCUAUCCUCAAAAAGAGGGAUGGGCGAUGGGGUGACGUCACCCAGCACCCAUGCGACACCACCCUCGUGGACAGCCUUUUCAUCAUCGUAAGCGGCCUUUAUGCCAUGCUCGUCGUCGUGAUGGGGUGUGUCAUGCCUAUAGCAGAUAUAUUUGCUACAAAACCGAUGCCAUAUCUAUUUGAGGGGUUUUACAUUUAUCUGUAUUCCGUCAGUAUAGUGUUCCUUGUGUACGCCUACGUAUAUUUGUUACAAAACAAGACAGUGCGACUGCGCAAGAAGGUCAAACGACGGAUGAACUCGCCAGAUUCAAAUGGCUCCACCUCCAGCCGGAAACGGAAAUACUCAUUUGAUGUGUCCCGAACAUACAAUACCGGAAGUUUCUAUCUAAGACUAGGAGCUGUUGCUUUUGGUGUCGGGAGUAUGAUACAGAGUGGUCUCCUCUUCGGACAGUUCUUUUACUCCGAAUCGUUCUCGAACUGCAGUAACCCUUUACACGGAGUCCGACCUCUCCUACAGCUCAGCUUCACCUUCAUACAGCUUUACUUUGUCUUCCUUAACUCAAAGAUGUGUAUCCAUCGCUACAAAAGCUUGGCCAGGUUCGGACUUAUGCACAUGGUAGCCACAAACCUGUGUGUGUGGGUGGAGAACAUUGUCCGGGAAACUCUGCGUGAGAUCGAGACAUACAACUUCCGGCAGAGAGAAGCGGGCACGUGGUUAGGUCCGAACGUGUCAAACAACCAAUCAGUACACCAGGUACAGAAUGGUUCCAUGACGUCUGCCGGUAUCCUCAGGUGUAAUGGUAAUUCUCUGAUGAAAUCUGUUGUGGAGUCGUCUGGUCCCUACCUGUACCCGUGUAGUGUGGAGUACAGCAUCAUCUGUGCAGGUAUCCUGUACGUGAUGUGGAAGAAUAUCGGACGAUUCCAGAUGGGUUACGAUGGUAACGAAGUGUUAGACAUCGAGUCUAAGGCGAAGGCCCAGAGGAUCAAUGUCGAUUGCUCCGGAUCCAGUCGGGGACUAUUCAUCGGGAUCUUUGUCCUCGUCGCCACCGUCAUAACCAUGAUCAUAUUUUUUGUUCUCAUCGGCUCGAUGUCUUAUCUUGACACAGCUCUCAAAUUAGAACACCUUUCGGAAGUUGUCAUUUACGUUUUGACGUCGAUCGCCGUCAUCUUGGCGUUUCACAGAAUGCAAUCUCUACGUUACUCGAUAGAGAAGCAGAUAGACCUCGAAGAAAGCCUGCUCUUAAUCGGGUUGGUGGGAGAAUUCACGUUCGGAUUAUUUAGCAUCAUCGCCGCUGCCAUGGACAGUCAAGAAUCCAAUGGGUUCCUCGUCAUAUUAUCAAGUGUCCUGGGAAUGUUCCAGGCCACGCUUCAGACUGUAUUCCUUCUGCACGCGCUCAGGAAAUCUGCAGGAAAACGUGAACAUGAGCGACAAAAGCCAGGUCGUGAAUUUGUGACGUUUUUGUUAGUAUGUAACAUUGCCCUGUGGAGCAUAACAACAUUUGAGGUGUUGCGCUCACAAGCUAACCCCAUGCAACUGAACUAUUAUGGGGUGGUGGCUUGGAACAUUGUUAAUCACGUGUCCAUUCCACUGACGAUAUUCUAUCGGUUUCACUCCACAGUCUGUUUAUCGAAUAUUUGGAAAAACGCUUGGAGGCGGCGCUACCCCAGUGGUUAGAAUUUAGUCUCUUAUACAUUUUCGAGGAUCAAAAUCAAAUCAUUGUCACUGCACGGUGCUACAGAUUCGUUUUGUGUCAACUAUUCGCCAAUCAUAUUCUUACAAUUUCACCGAAUGAAGGCUUUACAUAAAAACAGUGACGGAUCAUCCUCAGGCUAGACCACGGGAGCAAAUUGAAUUGCGACCUGUUGAGGUUACGGCAGCAUUAGCGUCGCUGGGUAAUGUAGCCAGCGUUAAAAAGAGCUAGAAAUUAGGGCGGUGAAAUGUCUUGGCUUACACAAACAAACCACAGAUGCUGGGUUUUGAAUUGAUUACAUUCGGACAUCACCUUGGAUAGUCAAAAGUACGACCCGUUAGGGUCCACAUUAUGAAUUGUGUCUGAAAACACCAAUAUGAGGCAAUGGAUUGUGAUGCUAAGAUGCGACAAAGAUUACCGUUGGACACUUUUUUCAAAUGAUACAAUAUAGCAAUUUAUAAUACUCCAGAAACUAUCGAUCAGUAUUAAAAGCAAAGUUCCAUUUUAUGUAGCUUGUAUAACAUGUUUUCUAUAUAUACAAUGUACUUGGAAUACGUCAACAGGAAGAACAAUGCAUACUAAUGUAUACAAUUUUGGCAGCACUUCGAGUGGAAUACUACAUCAAUUAUUUAUUAAUGUAGUUGCUGUAUCCUGUUAUUAGCUUUUCUCUCGAUAUUUUAUUAUAUGACCAUUUGAUUACGUUGCUUCUAGAACUCGGAGAUUAUUGACAACGUAACAAACACGUUCGGAUGCUUUGAAUAUUGUUUGUGUGGUGGCCUUUUUCAGUCAUUCAGGUAUCCACUUUUCUGCUUCUAUGCAAUAUUGUAGAUUUAUUGGAAAAUAGGAAAUAUAUCAAAAUUGGACUACUUAUUUAAACAAUGAUCAAUAUUUCAUACUCGGAAAUCAACUUUUGCAUACCCCAAAAUGGAGCAUCUGAUACAUGUAAAAUAAUACCGAAUACGCAAUAGUAUACAUGUAUUGCCCCUGUGUGGUAGGUAAAAACGAUUCUUUGAUUUCCCGGGUUUAAUCAUGUAUCACGAGAGGUCUUUUUCCUACCACAAGGGCAAUACACAUUGUAUAAUACCGAUAUAGAACAACAACACAAAAGUGUAUAAAUAAGGCUUCCGUGCUAUUGUUGUUGUCUGCUUCAGUCACUCUGAGCUCAAGUGUGGUGCCCUUUGUCAAUUUUUGUAGAGAGGCUCCGAAUAAGGAAUAUAUGACGGGGAAAAUCGAGCGCGUAAGGUUGACACUGUUUUAUUUUCCCAUCAUGUGAUUAUUAUAAUCCAAUCAGACAUGCUGUUAUAAGGAUGAUGUAUAGUGAUAAAAAAUAAGAGCUUUGGGGAAUAUAAGUAUAAGAGUUGGGAAAUAUUGAUACAACAAUUAGAGUAAUAUUUACAACUACUACGUUACGAUUUGGUAUUGAAAUGUAGGUAUUUCCGGAAAAGCUAGAGUUAUACAGUCGAUGGAACAAAUAACCACUUGGUAACAAGCAACCCGAUCUUAGUUCAAAAGAGGGAAAUAUACAUUUUGAAGAUGUGUAAACAUAUUGGGAAUCCAUAGUAGAAAUAAGAACGGUUAGAUCAAUGAGGACGUUUGCAGUCAAAGUGAAAAGCAGUAUUGACGCAUCACCUAAGUCUUGUCUCGAUAAUUUCAAAAACUUGGCAGGCAUCCAUUUAUUGAGUAAAGAAACAUUGCCGAACUCUUCGACUAUGUUAGAAAUGACAGUACAUGCGAAACUGUCAGGCAACUACUUUGUCAGAUUUCUCUUGAUAGGCAUACAAACCUUUCUGUAGCGACACUCGUUAUAACGUGGACUUGUCUUCAGAAUGAUCGGAGGACUUUUCUUCACAAAUCAUGACGCAUGCAUAAUAUUUCUUAACAUUUUAUUGUGAGUUUAAUUGACCAAAAUCAUAAGUCUUAGAUAUAUUCAUAGGACUGGACACACGGUCAAUAAUUCAUCAAUUUUACCUCAACAAAAUCAUUGUAAAUAGUCAUUUAAAUUAUAGAAAAACUUCGUCAUGACCAAUGAAUAUUGUAUAAAAUUGUAUAAAAUCAUGUAUAUGAACAUAUAUCAACGAUAUCUAAUGUCUCAGAACAAUUUUCAACAUUGAUAUUAAAAUUAAUACAUAUUUGAAGCAGUUGACUUUGACUUGUCUUUUUCUGUUUAAGUUCAAAUGA